GCCCGGGCUGGGCCCGCCCGGCCGCGCCGGGGAUGGCGGGGCCGCCGGGGCUGCGGGGAUCGGGGGGGAUGGCGGAGCUGGAGGAGCCCUUAUCGCGGCGAUUCUCGGAGGAGCAGUUUCGAGCCGCCUGCCGGGAGCUGGACCAGCCGGCGCCGGUCGCGGGGACGCCCUGGCAGCUCCUGGUGGAGACCAUGGGCGUGCGGAUCUACCGGCUGUACCACGAGCAAUCAGGACUUUAUGAAUAUAAAAUCUUUGGUGGUCUUGCUGACAUUCCCCCAAAAUUGUGUGCAGAUGUCUACAUGGACUUGGAUUUCAGAAAAAAGUGGGAUCAGUAUGUUAAAGAACUGUAUGAGGAAACACAUGAUGGUGAAAAAGUAAUCUACUGGGAAGUGAAGUACCCUUUUCCUCUCUCAAACAGAGAUUAUGUCUAUAUUCGGGAAUGCCGGGAGAUGGAUGUGGAUGGGAGGAAGAUCUGGGUUGUGUUAGCAAAAAGUGUGGCUGUUCCUCAGUACCCUGAGAAGCCUGGUAUUAUCAGAGUUAAAAGCUAUAAACAAAGCCUGGUAAUUGAAAGUGAUGGCAAGGCUGGAUGUAAAGUCUAUAUGUACUAUUUUGAUAAUCCUGGUGGCAUGAUUCCAUCCUGGCUGGUCAACUGGGCUGCCAAGAGUGGUGUGCCUGCUUUCUUGAAGGAUAUACAAAAAGCUUGCCUUAAUUAUUCUAAGAGCACAUAGGUGUUGAGAUUUAUCUUAAUUAUUUAAUUCUUAGAUCUCUGCUCUUACAGGAGCAGCUGUUGUAUAUUACACUGGAUAAAAUCUACCUCUAAUAUUGGAAAAGAAUUAUUCUAGUUGAGUUAUGCAUCAAGUUUUACUAGAUUUUUUUCCAUCUCUAACUGAAGAGCUGGCCACUGGCAAGGUAACACCAACAUCAGCUGCAGCUUUUGAAAGUACUCAAGUUUAGCCUUGUUCCCCAUGCUUUGCUUAUGCUGCUUGUCAGGUGUCAGCUAGAGGAGUUCUGUGAUGGAUAUGUUACAUCUUUGCACAAGAGACAACAAUCUUACUAGAAAAAUGUCUGAACUUGGACUGCAAAUUGCCUGCAUGUGUAAUGCCUGGAUCUGCCUUUGUUACCUUGCAGGGUGGCUUCCUCCUGAAACUCAGUAAUGGAGCUUGCAUUGCACAGGAGGAAAUGCUUUUGCUACCCAAGUUUGUCAUUCUUAAAUUCUCUGCCUGAUAUAAACCUAAAAAAUGCUGAGGGAUGAGGUAAAUUACUAAAAAUGUUCAGUAGGAACUGGAAGUCUGUGAUGUUAGGCUCCCUUAAAUCCAGAUGUAAACGAUUGAGCUUAAAGCCUUGCACUCACAGCUCCACACUUCUGUAUGAAAAGGAAAAACCCUUAGCUGUGUCCAGCUAGCAAAAAAAAGGAGGAGGUGACUUCUUGCAUGUCUGAUUUAGGGGAACAAGUUUUAUCUUCAGAGUCAGUAGCCUUACCUGUAAAGCAGCUUGGAUACCAUCUUAAAACUGGAAGUAAUUUUUAAUUGGAUGCUUGCCACUGAAUGUGGAUGAGCUUGAUGUGGCAAUUGGACUUGCUUGCAUCUUUAAAUUUCAUGCUGAUAUAAAGAAUGGAUGGUGAUACACUAAGAGCUUAAAUGAGCAGAAAAUUAAAUUUCCAGCACGCUUUGGGGGGGUGGGGUGCAGGGAGUGCAUAAAAGAACAAGAGGACAUAAUUCUCAGGGAUUACAGAUAUUCUCAUCAUUGCAUAAUAAUGUUGUUCCUAAAUCUAAUCCUAUUUCUGAAUGUCUGGUAAUGGAGUAGCUUUGUCUUGUUACAAAAUUAUCAAUUGCAAUUAUUGCCUUUAUACCCUGUGUGAAUAUUUGCUUCCAAUAAAUCAUUAUUUUGUCCAUGA